AUGCUCAACGGCGCUAUAACGCGAAUUGAGGUACCCAGCUACACUGGGUCAGGCAUGCUCAUCAACUGUAGCGUCAAGCAGGGCGUCCCCAUUUCGCCUUUUCUCUUCCUGCUGGUGCUGGACGAACUGUUUGAUGCCCUGCCUCCUGACAGUCUAUUCCGGUACCUCGGUGUUGACAUUCCGCUGUGCGUACUGUCGAGAACAGACAUCGACAGCGUUAAAGAAGUACUGAAUAGCAUCUGCCGCGCGGCGCUGAAACCGCACCGGAACAUGGAGCUAAUCCGUGGUCUCUGUUGCAUCCGGUUAGCAUACGCUUGUUCUGUGGUAUACCCGUUGUCCCCUUCGAUUCCGCAUAAACAUAAGGUAGUCAGAACUGAAAUCAAAGAAAUUUUGAAGCUGCACCCGGACAGCUGUACGACUCAUUUUUACCUUCCGCUUCUCCUUUUCAUGAAACUAGCCGGCAGUCAAGUUCCAGUAUCUUAA